AUCUGUGAAAAUCACGUAAUUAUCUCCAUUUGGACCAAGGUUAGACUACUUCGAGUAGGUAAAGCCGUACAGCACGUUCGUCGUUGAAGGCCUCCGUUUCAUGGUCUUCUGAGUCUGCAACAAAAACGACGCGCGGAGAAUCUCCAAUCUGAUACUGACUCACCAUGGCCUAGUCGUUUGGCAGCAUUAAUCAUCGUUUUCUUUUCUGUCUUUCCUUUUGAUUUUCUUUCUGAUGGCCAUUGUAGCAGCUGCAGCUUCUUCCCUGCCGUCUGAAGGAAUAUGUUGCUCAAUAUCAAAUGGAAUUGCAAGCAAUUUGAUCAAAUCUCCUCUUGAUGGUCGAAGAGUAUCUGACCUUUACAGCUUGAGAUGCAAAAGUCCUUUUUUAGGACCAUCGCAUUUCCUUUGGCUAUCCAUGGGGCAUGAUCUGUGUCUUCAAAAGGUUUGUGUUGCUGCAGACUACUCAGAUUCUGUACCUGAUUCGUCUAGUUACAUGAGUAACCAAGGUUAUCAUCCUCUUGAGGAUUUAAAAGUCUGCCACAAUACUCGGCGGACUGAACUCUCUUCAGCUGAAAUAGCAAGAACAACAGUUGAGGCUAAUAGAAACGCUUUCCUAGUGUUCCCUGGAUCCGUGCACUGUGAACCACAUGAACAGAUUUCGUGGGCAGAGUUUCAAUAUCUUAUUGAUGAUUAUGGAGAUAUAUAUUUUGAAAUCUUGGAUGAUGCAAACAUUUUGGAAGAUCGUAGAACAAGUAAUCCUGUGAGAGCUUUGAUUGGAAUGGACAUUCCACUAUAUGAUAAUAGAAGGACUGCUAGUGAAUACAACAUAUUCAAUAGUGGCAACAAUGACGAAUUCCUACUUGAUGAUGAUUAUAUUGAGAUUCUGGAGUCUGAAGAGAAUUUGUCAGUGAAUUGGGAGAUGCCAGAUACCACUGUCUCAGUUCAUCCUGUUUAUUUUGCAAAGUGCCUAUCAAAGGCUGUCAACGCAGAAUAUGAUAAAACAAUGGACCAUCCUUCAAAUGGUGUUUCAAUUCUGGGUUACCUUAGACCUGCUUUUGCUGAUGAAGAGUCAUAUCUAAGAACAGUAUAUCGGAGUGAAGAUGGGGAUGGAUACAGCUCGGACUGUAAAGAUGGUGAAAAUUUUUACUCCAAUAGUAUGAGCGAUCACAGAGACACUGGGUUGACACUCUAUCGGUUGGAGAUACUGAAAAUAGAGUUAUUCUCUGUGUAUGGAUGUCAGUCUGAAAUUAAUUUGCUAGACUUUCAAGAUGCUGAACCUGAUAUUCUUGUACACUCUAACCCGGUUAUUCAAGAACGCCUCAAUAAGAGAUUUAAUGCUGCUCUUAAAGCUCUAUGCAAAAGAAAGGACUUGACGUUGAGGCAACCUCUGAAGUUGGGGCUGAAAAGCAGAUUCAGCAGCUUCUGUUUCCACGAUCAAGGCGGAAAAAAUGCAUGAACUCAUGGCGACAAGCUUAAGAACCAGCACACAAGUUGAGUAUCAUUGUCUAACUUUGCCUGGCAGUUAUCUUCUGUUAUUUUCCCUUUUCAAUUUGCCAUAACAGCUUGCUCUGUAGCAAUUAAUACAUAAAAAUGUAGUUAGUUCUGUACAUCAUCUUGAUUUUCUUCUAGGAGGGUCAUGGUGGUUAAUCUUUUCCUUCUUCCGCUUUUCUCAUACGAAAGCUUGGUCAGUAAAUAAAUUAGAAUAUAAGAGGGUAAAAAAUUUUCUUUGCUGAUAAUUAUAAGUGGCAUUGCUAGUAGAUGAUUACUCAAUAUACUGCUGAAAAUAGUUA